GUAAUUCCUCUGUUAUCCUUCACCUUUACGUCUCAAAUAUGUGCAUGCGACAGAGUGUAACACUAUGAAUUUGCGACCCGAAUUAUGCUUUUUAGUUUAGUGUUUAGACACUUAGCGUUUUUAAACUUUAGUAACUCUGAGUGAAAGUGUCCACAGACCGUCAUGUCUCCUGUAGCAGGCGCUGAGAUGAUCCGCACGCCACUUCGGCUCUAUCGGUACCUGCUGCGCUGCUGCAAACUCCUGCCUUCAGAAGCCAUGCAGAAACACUACCAACACGCCAUCAGACAGAGCUAUAAUAGUCAUGUGGAUGAGGAUGAUCCAGAAAGGAUUCAGAUGAUCAUUCAGAGAGCUAUAUCUGAUGCAGACUGGAUAUUAAAUAAAUACACAAAAAAGAAGUGACCACCUUGGUGAAGUGUUCAUCAUGAAGCAAACUGAGGACUUGCACACAAGUUUGCUGCUAAACAUCGUAAAGAGAAAGUGAAAUCAUAAACACAGGUUAAACAGUACAUCACCAAAUAUCCAAAUCAACUUUUACAAGUGUAACAAUGCCCUGAGGUUUACUUGAUACACAAAGAAUUAACAAAGCCUUUUAUUCACUUUAUCUGGUAUAUUAGCCAUUCAAUUAUUGAUGCACCUAUUUAAUCAUAUACUUGUUGCCUUUAUUCAAGAUUGUGUAUUUU